AUGGACCGCGUAGUGUUUCGGCUGCGGCAGCUGCCCGAAGACGCUGACCGGCUGAAAGUGGUCCAGCUCCUCAGCAAAUCGCUGGGCGUCGAGUCAUCAGCCAUAGACGUCCAGUCCUUGGCUCGCAGCACCGAUCCAUGGGUUCUAAGCAAGACCGCUACACUCCAGUUCAAUGAGACAUUAACAAUUCAAGAAGUCCUCAAAGAGAACAAAAAGGGAAAUAUCACCAAGUCUGGAGACGAGUGGAAAGUGCGGGUUGAGAAUCUAAAAGAUUCUCUGGUCUUGGAUUCGCAUUUUCGUGGAUUGACACCUUUGUCUGAUCCAAAGGUUCACGACGCAGAUUGUAUAGCAAUCUCGGGACUCUCGAGCCACCCCUUUGGAUCAUGGCAACCCAAAGGUGCAUCCAAGACAUUCAUGUGGAUUCGUGAUGCGUUGCCAAAGUCACUGCCGAGUAUCCGGCCAAUUAUAUACGGCUAUGACACCACUCUUGUCAACAGCAAUUCUUUCCAGUCAAUCCUGGACUUAGCACUGAAUCUCUUGAGCCUUUUGAAGGCAAAUGGCUGGAACUCACCAACGUCGAAACCGCUCGUGUUCCUUGCACACAGCUUGGGUGGCAUCGUCCUCAAACAAGCCCUCGUCUCCCUUGCAAAUCAUAUGCGGCGCGAUGACCUACUCCGGAAGGCUAUCAGAGGAGCCAUAUUCUUUGGUGUACCGAACCUAGGCAUGGAGCAAUCGCAUCUUAUGGCCAUGGUUGAUGGCCAGCCUAAUGAAGCCAUCGUAGAUGACCUAUCCGUCAAUUCCGAGUAUCUGUGCCAACUCGACGAGCAGUUUGCUGGAAUUACUUACCUCCAAGGCAUUCAUCUUUAUUGGGCGUACGAAACUCGGAAAUCUCCGACCGUAAGCAAAAACUCUGAGGGCGUCUGGGAAAGAUCAGGCCCAGAAGAGAUAUUGGUCACUCAGCAGUCUGCAGCCCGUGGACUAUACCAACUACAUUCGAGGUCCCAUCUGAUCUUUCCAAUCAAUGAGAACCAUUCCAACAUGGUCAAGUUUGCUGAGAAUGACCCGAAUUACAGCAUAGUGGUCGACAAGUUGGUGCAGAUUGUAGCACAAGUGAAAAUCGAGCCAGCUAUUGAAAGAGAGUCGGCUCUUUCCACAGCACAGAAUGAUACGUCCAACACAGAGACCAAAGCUUCCGUCGUUGAACGGUUCCUUGAUGCCCCGAAGCAAGAUUAUCGUCUGGAACAAAUUGAGAAAAACUUCAAGAACACCUUUGACUGGGCAUACGAUCAACAGAAACCAGGUCUCAACCAAUGGCUUCAGAAAGGGACUGGACUAUUCUGGAUCAACGGAAAACCGGGAUCGGGGAAGUCUACGUUGAUGAAGUUCAUUGUUCAAGAUUCUCGGACUGACGACUUGCUGUCUGACUGGAGAACGUCAGCUGUUCAGAUUCGCGCGGCAUUCUUCUUCCAUUAUCGUGGGAAUACAAUGCAAAAGUCGUUCGAAGGACUCUUGAGAAGCGUCCUCACGCAAAUCAUAAAGCAAUGCAAUAGCUUGUCUUCCUACUUGUGGCAGUCAACCAACGACGAACCUAUGAAGUCUCAUGAUUGGACUUUAUCACGGUUGCAAAGAGCGCUCUUUCAGAUUCUGGAACAAGACCAGGUACCAUUGCAUCUUUGCCUGUUCUUGGAUGCCUUGGACGAAUAUGAUGGACGACUUGAGCCUAUUUGCAAAUUUCUCUGCGACCUCAGUCGGAUACCACAAACAACAACCAAGCGGAUUCAGAUCUGUUUCUCAAGUCGUCCAUGGGACAUCUUCAUCAGGGAGUUCAAGGACUGUCCUGGUUUCAGUAUCCAAGACUACACGAGAGACGAUAUCAGAGACUAUUGCUUGGGAUCCAUCAGAAACGAAGACCUCACUGCUACCGUACUGGAAGAUCUGGUCCCAGUUCUCGUGGAACGAUCCAAAGGUGUGUUCCUUUGGGUGAAGCUUGUGGUCAAAAAUCUUGCUCAAGCUUUCAGGGCUGAGACCAACGGACAAGACUUGGAAAAGCGACUCAAAGCACUUCCCUCGGAGCUCGAUGAGUAUUAUGCCGAACUCAUAGACCGCAUUCCUCAUGCUCACAGGUUGAUGGUAUAUGUAAUGUUGGAAAUCACUGUACGCUCGAGAGAACCUAUUUCACCAAAAGCUUUCGUCUGCGCACUGAGUACCUCCAGGUCACAGUCGCACGCGGAGUACAUGGCAGCAUAUACAACGCUCCGGCGUCAAAGGUUUACUAAGCUGAAACGGGGAUACUAUCCAGAUUUAGCGAGACAAUACUCCAGUAAGUACUGUGGUGGUCUGAUUGAGGUCGUCAAGACAGGGACCUCUGUCGCUAGAAAAGAUCAAGAAGGUGUCCAGGUUUUUCAUCAGACCGUGGAAGACUUCGUGAUGAGUCCAAGAUUCAAGGCCCUUAUAUUGGGGAAUUUGGCAAAAGUCACAACCGAGAAUGGUAACUCCUACUUGGCCAAGCUCUAUUUCAAGAAUCAGCCGCCUAGUAUACCGACGGUCAUCGAACAUAUGAUCACAAAGUAUACGCCGCUAAGUCUCUCUGCACAAUAUCCCUACUCCGGCCUCAAAUACUACGCCCGAGCAGCUGAAAUAACAACCGGGCGCAGCAUGAAAGACUUUUGGGGAAGUGUUCCUGCCUCAUACUAUGGCCGUUCCGAGACAAAAAGCUUAUUCAAAUUCGCUGUUGAAGCCGGCUUACAACUGCUCAUAUCUGAAAAACUGGCAGAGGAUCCGGAAGUGCUGAAAAAGUCGACGGAGCCGCUUAUUACCAAGUUAAUGAGUUCGUGGCCCCGACCGUGGGUGGCAUCAAUGACUCGACUUCUAUUACAUUCAGGCUAUAGGAUGGACCAAGAUCCAAAAGCCUUCAGCUGUUUCGUAGACUAUUUUGACCGUGUCUUUCGAUUUACAAGAAUAUUUGACGGGCCGCCAGAUGAGCAAGAUCAGUAUCUUGAUGCGGCAAGGAUUUUGUUAGAGCAUGGCCAGUCCUCGGACGUCGACAUUCAAUUGGGUGACGACAAGCGCCAGAGACUAAAGGGCAAGCCGUUGCACAUAGCCCCAUCGCCACUAGCAGAACUCCUCCUCGAGUAUGGGGCAAAUGUGAACGCUUUGGACUCUAUUGGUCAAACGCCGCUGGAUUAUAAGUUUGGAAAGGGGAUAAAUACCGGACAAGCACGCAUUGGGCGAACCAGCCUGGACAUUUACAAAGAGGGUUCAGAAUUCAUCCGCAAGAGAAAGCUUAUCUAUGAAGGACUCUACAAAUUGAUUUCUCUGUUGGUAUCAAAGGGCGGCAUAACACGGAAGGCCUCGGAGCGCGAGAUAAGACGUCGGUUAGAGGAAUUCGCGGAAUACGGGUGGGAAACGAAAGCCUUGUAUCGUGCUUUGUUACCAACACCAGCACCGUCCUGA